GGGACACACGCAGCACUGAGGAGGAAGUGAGACGAAGUGACCGCGUUCAAACAAAGUGUCCGUGAGUUUCUGUUGGGAAAGCAUCAAGAUCUGCGGCAAACUGUGCAGGAUUGCGUUCAUCUCCAAAAUCCGGGUUGCAGCCGGUGAUUGGCAGGAGGAGGAGAGUCUGACGGAGGAGCAGAGGAAUGUUGGCAGCCAUUUAGUCUGAGCUCAACAACGGAGGAAACAUGGAUUCUUCACAAAAAAAAUGUAAACACAGCAAUGGAGUGAGAUGUUGGACCUCUGAGGAGGAUAAGGAUGGUUCGGCAACAACAGCAGAAAGAGAUGAAUCACUGAGUUGUGCGCAAUGUGGCAAGACUUUUAUCACAGCAACAAAGCUAAGAAUUCACAAACGUAUUCACACUGUGGACAAAUCAUUCAGCUGUGAUCGGUGUGGAAAGGCUUUUACUACCAAGACUCUGUUAAAAAGCCAUCAACUCAUUCACAGUGGAGUUAAACCAUUCAGCUGUGAUCAGUGUGGAAAGGCUUUUACUCAGAAGAGUUACUUAAAAAGACAUCAACUAAUGCACAGUGGAGUUAAACCAUUCAGCUGUGAUCAGUGUGGAGAGGCUUUUACUCGGAAGAGUCAGUUAAAAAGACAUCAACUCACCCACGGUGGAGUGAAACCAUUCAGCUGUGAUCAUUGUGGAAAGGCUUUUACUGACAAGAGUUCGUUAAGAAGUCAUCAACUCAUUCACAGUGGAGUUAAACCAUUCAGCUGUGAUCAGUGUGGAAAGGCUUUUACUCAGAAGAGUAAUCUAACACGUCAUCAACUCAUACACAAUGGAGUGAAACCAUUCAGCUGUGAUCAGUGUGGAAAGGCUUUUACUACCAAGACUCUGUUAAAAAGCCAUCAACUCAUUCACAGUGGAGUUAAACCAUUCAGCUGUGAUCAGUGUGGAAAGGCUUUUACUGACAAGAGUAAUCUAACACGUCAUCAACUAAUGCACAGUGGAGUUAAACCAUUCAGCUGUGAUCAGUGUGGAGAGACUUUUACUCGGAAGAGUCAGUUAAAAAGUCAUCAACUCACCCACGGUGGAGUGAAACCAUUCAGCUGUGAUCAGUGUGGAAAGGCUUUUACUGACAAGAGUAAUCUAACACGUCAUCAACUAAUGCACAGUGGAGUUAAACCAUUCAGCUGUGAUCAGUGUGGAAAGGCUUUUACUAAGAAGAGUAAUCUUGCAAAACAUCAACUCAUUCGCAGUGGAGCGAAACCAUUCAGCUGUGAUCAGUGUGGAAAGGCUUUUACUGACAAGAGUACGUUAAGAAGUCAUCAACUCAUUCACAAUGGAGUUAAACCAUUCAGCUGUGAUCAGUGUGGAAAGGCUUUUACUCAGAGGAGUUCGUUAAGAAGUCAUCAACUCAUUCACAGUGGAGUUAAACCAUUCAACUGUGAUCAGUGUGGAAAGGCUUUUACUCACAAGGGUACUCUAACAAGUCAUCAAUUCAUUCACAGUAGAGUUAAACCAUUCAACUGUGAUCAGUGUGUGAAAACCUUUACUCAACAUGAACAGCUGUUGAUCCAUCAAUGCCCUCAUUCUGGUAGAAAGCGGUACCACUGUGACUCCUGUGAUAAAACGUUCAAGCACCAACAGAGCUUAAAAUGUCACCAACGCAUCCACACUGGACAUGAUGUUUACCGAUGUGAUUACUGUGGCGAACCAUUUGUAUUGUACUCACAGUUAAAAGCUCAUGAAGUGACCCACACUGGGGUUAAACCAUACGUUUGUGACCAGUGUGGGAAACGCUACAGCUCCACUGCAUACCUCAAAGUUCACCAACGUGUCCACACUGGGGAGAGACCAUACAGAUGUGAUGAGUGUAAGAAGACUUUUACAACUUUGGGUUCCCUGAAACAACACCAGCAGAUUCACACCAGAAAGAAAGCAUUCAAUUGGUGUCACAGUGAGCAGAACGGAACAGAUGGACAAAACUCUCAGACUUGUCAGCACUCUGCCAAUGGUGAACAGUGCUGCUUUGACCAGUCUGGACCAACGUCCAACCAACACGAAACCCUAAAACAACACCAGCGUAUGCACACUGGACACAGACUGAACCCCUGCCAAGAAGAUUUCUCCAUGCAGGGUUCAGUAAAAGUUCAUGAAGUCCUCCACAAACUUAAAGUCCUUGAGAUCCGGCUUCACAGAAUUCAGGUCUAAUUUUUUGUUUGGUGUCUUCGUUGCUUUGUUGCAAAAUCCAUUAAGAGGAAAGCUGUCGUUAACAGACAUAACUGUUAAUUAAACCCUUCAAAGUGGUUAGUCAGUUAAAUGAAUUAUCAGUGGUAGAGGGAUAGACGUCUGGAUGGAGGCAGUGAGCAGCAGGGCAAAUUUCCUCGAUUACCAGCUUAAUCGUUCCUCAGAUCCCUCUGGGCUACAGGAACCCGUUAGAUGCAGAGCUGGUUCAGUGAUUCUCUGAUGAUUGAUCAUAAUUAAUUUAGGAGAUUACUGGCCUUAGGAUUCAUGUCUGUCUGUAGCAAGUAGAUCAACUAAUCUCUGAUUAUGUGUGAGUUGAAAUAUAAAAACAUGAAGUGUUCUAUAAAAAGUCCAAUCUUUGAAAGCUGACAUGCAGUUUAGAAUCAUUUCUUUGUAAAUUAGCUGCAUCCAGUCAUUACCAUGACAUUGGCAUCGUGGAACCAUGACCACAUGUGUCUGGAGAUGGUGGCAUUUUUAUAACGGCACAUUUUCAUGCUUUGACAGUUACAGUGAGGGGAAAAAAGUUUUUAGACACCCUGAAAAUUUUUACACAAUCUUAAAUAUUAUCAUGAAAUAUUUGUUGAAAAGUCUUUUUUUUGUGUGUUUCUAAGGGUGUGGCUGCAUCAGACAGACACAAAUACAAAUGAUAUUUUUUUGGUUUGUUGUUUACAAGAAAAACUAGAAAAGCACUCAGUGCAGACCUCCGCCAAGGAUAGAGAGGAAAACAGGAAACCCAUGCAGUAAAGGAUCAUGAGCUGGAAUUGAACCUGCAUCUCUGACACGGUUCUGUUUACAAAUAACCUUCUAAACCAGUUGAGUUAUCUGGACACCUUGCUCCAAUUUGUUGGACGACAUACUAACCUAUGAUGUUUUUGUCAUAUUUUGGACCACAUACUAAAUAAAAAAAUUCGAAGUGAUCCAGGAUCCUUUCCGGAUUGCCACCAAAAUUAAACCAGCUCUUCCUCUUACCAUAGUCUACAUCCCCUCAAAAUUUCAUGUGAAUCUGCCCAGGCGUUUUUGAGUUAUCUUGCUAACAGACAGACAGACAGACAGACGCUGGGUGUCACAUAACCUCCUUGGCGGAGGUAACUAACAAAACUAAAUUCUACCAAAUUUCUCAUUUUAUGGAACCAGUCAAUUUUCAGUUUAUAAUGUCUUUUUUAGGAUGUGUUUAGUUUUAUGAUUUUACUAAAAUAAAUGACUCUUGAAGACCUCAAAGUGAUUCUUAAUGCAGUAAUUCACAAAUGUAUGGUAUGUCCAAAAACUUUUUUCCACUGCUGUAUUUUAACAACAAUCUGAUCUGCUGAUGUUAGCAAGACAAACAAGUGAAGGUUUCAGGCUUUUAUCUCGAGUUGUUCUUGAGAUAUUCAUCUUCAAACAGCCUCAAAUUUCAAUGUGAGAAAAUCAAAACGAGUGAAACUGGGUCUACAGUCCACUGAAAAACCUCUAAGAAAAUAUCUGUCAUACUGAACUAAUAUUUCAUGGAUACCAUUAGAAAUAUCCAUAGUUUGAUUUAAAAAAAAAAUUUUUUUGGGAGAUCGUCAAUGAUUUGAAACGGAGUUCCAAAGUUGAAAAACCUCAAUCUCUGAUUCCAGCAUCAGUGCUCCAUUGUUGCAGUUGUAACGUUGUCUUUCAGAUGGUCCUAACACAGGCCACAACUGCUCUGAAAACAACACUCAUGUUCUUGUUUGGAACAGUUUCUCAGUAGAAAUUACGCAGCAAUGUCCAAGUUCUCAGCGGCUCCAGUAAGGAAGACUCUUAAUGUGAGGAAAAGCAUCCUUUGACUUCUUCCUGGAGGUUUUUCUUGUCAGAAAUUGUCUUCCAGUGAGGGACUUGUGACUCUCUGUUCACUUUUCUUGCCCUCUAAUAUUGUUAAAACACAAGAAUCAAUGUUUUGCUUCAAAUCACAUUGUAUUUGCAUGUAGCUCUGUGUUUUCUGCUCCAGGAAUUGAUGUGUAUGACCCAGCACCCACAGCUGGUUGGGUGUCAUGUGGCUCUGCGUUCUGAUUGGAUGAUUGUCCAACCACUGCCACAAGUAUGAAGGUCAUCCUGCAGGCGUGGCAGGAACACGGAGUGGAAACACAAUAGGUGUGUUCAUCUGGCCAUGCUGAGGAAUCCCUCUGCUUCAAGCUAGUGGAGAACAUCAUAGUAGGUGCUGGUUACUGCCCCCUACAGGUCUCUACACAGUCCUUAAUCCUGGAGAAUUAGAAAACUUGCACUCAACUUCUCACAUGACUAAUUAACCCUGUCCUGCGGGUCAAAAUUGACUCGUUUUAAAAUUUGAAAAUGUGGGGAAAAAUAUAUAUUUUCACAAUGAAACUUCUGAUGUCCACGUUUUCAACAUUUUGGGGAAAUCUUUGAACAUUUUUAGGUGGAAAUAAAGAAAAGUUAAAAAUAUUUCUAAAGAACAUUCACAAAAAAAUCAACCAAAAUCCAGUGAAAUUCACUGGAUUUUGGUUGAUUUUUAUGUGAAUGUUCUUAAAGAAAAUAGAAGUUUUACUGAAAUGUAUGUAAUCACUUUAGAUAUUUUUAGGUUUUUUUUUUUGAAGAUUUUUACUCAUUUUGGAAAAUAUUUACAACAAAUUUCUUGCCAAAUUUGGGGGAUUUUUUGAAAAGAAAACUUUUAAGAAAUUAGUGGAAUUUUCUUCCUGAAGGUUUUGAAUUAUUUCUGAAAUUUGGGGAAUUUUUGUGCUAAUUUUUUUUUUUUUUUAUCCGAGGAAACGAUGUUUUUUGGUGCCUGUAAAUGAGGACAACAGGAGGGUUAAAACAUUAAAAGGCAACAUUAUUAAGGUUUCUUUUAUGAAACGUUUUCCAUCAACAAGUACACAAAAUAGAUUAAAAAUAUAAUCUAACAUAUUUACUGAUUAAAAACUUUGAAUUUC